UAAGUAAUCUUUCCAGAUUAGAACACUUAGGCUUCUCAUUUUUCUUUAUUUGCCUGCUAUUACAGAAGUAAUAGCUACAGGAGUUGGAAAAGUGGAGGCUCCAGCACAAUGUCAUUUGACAGGAACAAUGAUUUGAUGCAGUUAACUUCAUGUGACAAGCUCUCGACCUCGAACAGCAUUGUGCCUUCGCCUCAACAUUCAACUAGCAGAAUGAUUUCUUCACUGCAACAUCCAAUGUGCAAUAUUGAUCUUUGGUUUCGCUCCAAAGGGAGUUCAUCCAAUCAAGAUGCCGCUAUAGACGUCAGUGAUUUUUCAGGACCGCCUAGUUUUCAAUCAACUGAAAUGUCCUGUGAAAAUUUGGACUAUUCCCUCAAAUCAGAUGUUUCCAGGACUUCUAGCUCUUCCCAAACUUCGAAUGAACUAGAGGCUGAAAUGAGGAGAUUAAGAGAUCAAUUUAAGCAAAUGAUGGAGAUGUACAAUUCAGUUUGCAAAGAAGCAAUCUCUUCCAAAGAGAAGGCAAAGGAGAUUGAUGAAUGGAAGCCAGAGGAGGAAUGCAAGGUUAUGGAAGCAAAGCAAGCCCAAGAGGCUGCGAUGGCUUUGGCCGAGAUGGAAAAACAUAAAACCAAGGUUGCAAUUGAAGCAGCACUGAUGGCACAUUUAAUAUCAAAAUAUGAGAUCCAGAUGCGAAAGAAUGCAGAGAUGAAGGCCAUACAAGAGGUAGGAGAGAGGAAGAAGGCUAUGGACGCGUUGACUUGCUCUGAAAUUCGGUAUAGAAAGUACCCCAUUAAAGAGAUUGAAGUUGCAACAGACUACUUCUCCAAUUCAUUGAAGAUUGGUGAAGGAGGAUAUGGACCUGUUUAUAAAGCCUUUCUUGACCACACACCCAUUGCCAUUAAGGUUCUAAGGUCGGAAUUGUCACAAGGGAAUAAACAAUUUCAACGAGAGGUUGAGGUACUAAGCUACAUAAGACAUCCAAACAUGGUUCUUCUUCUGGGUGCCUGCCCUGAGUAUCGAUGCCUUGUUUAUGAAUACAUGGAAAAUGGCAGCUUAGAAGAUAGGCUCUUCCGGAAAAACAACUCUCCUCCAUUGCCAUGGAAAACAUGCUUCAGAAUAUCUGCUGAGGUCACCACUGCUCUUCUUUUUCUUCACCGAACAAAGCCAGAGCCUCUACUGCAUCGAGACCUCAAACCUGCAAACAUUCUUUUAAACCGAAACUAUGUGAGCAAGAUCAGCGACGUUGGUUUAGCCAGGUUGGUCCCACCAUCUGUCGCUAAUGGUGUCACUCAAUAUCAAAUGACCGCAGCGGCUGGGACAUUUUGUUACAUCGAUCCCGAGUACCAACAAACGGGGUUGUUGGGUGUGAAAUCUGAUGUAUAUUCAUUGGGUGUUAUGUUGUUACAAAUUAUUACAGCAAGGCCUCCGAUUGGUCUGUCCUACCAUGUUGGCAAGGCAAUUGAGAGACGAACAUUUUCGGAGAUCCUUGAUCCGAUGGUGCCAGAUUGGCCUUUUGAAGAGGCGUUGUCAUUUGCUAAAUUGGCUUUACAAUGUUGUGAGCUGAGGAGGAGAGACAGACCAGACCUUGGUUCGAUCAUAUUACCUGAACUUCAGCGACUUAGCAAUAUUAAAUCUAUGGAGGAUGAAAUCUCCAACUACCCACAAGGCCUUGUUCUGGUCCCCCGUGGAGGUGGUGAUAGUAGUAGUGUUGUAUGCCCUCAUAUCAGAGGUAGCCGAUUGAGGGCUGCAUCGGCUACUGGUGAUGAGGAAGUUGAUGUGGAUCUCCUUCUUCCUGGUACAGCAAGGUGA